AUGCGGCAACAACGGACAGACGGAAAUGGCGGGAUGGGGCAAGACAAGGGGGAGAACCACACUGGAAAUGAUGCACACAUCGAGAUGGACGCAACAUGCAAAGAUUUCACUCGGUCAACUUCCCAUGCGGCAGAGUCAGACCAGUCUGCGCCUCUUCCCGCUCUCCCUCAGAACAGCACGACAAACCGCGAAACAUCAACUGGUUGCGCGUGCUCGCCUUGCUACACUGCGGCACCGUUGGCUCCGAGUUGCUCUUUGGAUUUCUCUGCGCGCGUUGCAUCUUCAUCGUCUCUGGCGGUUUCUGUUGGCCAUCUCAAGCACGAGAAUCACCCGCCAGAGUCAGGGCAGCGUAGAGAAUCUUCUGAGAGCCACAGUGGCUCUCCUACGGCUACGGACGGAAACCCGGCCGUGGCAUCGCUCUAUCCAAAAUCGAGCGAGGAUAUCUCUGAUUGGACAGCGAUCGCUACGCAUCUAUUCUUGCUGUUUUUCUUAUUUGUAGUUGUCGGGUUGUUCUUUUUCUCCUCUCCUUGGAGUCUGCCUCCGUUUCUCCCAUUGCCGUCAAUCCAUGCCUUGGGGGGUCGCUUUGCGGACUUCUUGCAAGUGGCUGUCUCACUGCCGCAGAGGAUUCACAGCUUCUACGUCACCCGCGUCGACCCGACUCCUCUGCGAUCGUUCAGCAUCGCCUGUUUGGAUCCGCGCCAGGUGCCGGCCCCGCUGCGCGUGGACUCACCCCCUUUUCUUGCAGCCGUCCUGUCGCGGCUUUUUCACGUUUAUUCCUACUUGCGACAGGCGUUGUCGUGGCCUGGUGCAGUUCCGCUUCCCCUGUGUGAGACGGCGCUUCGCCCGAGCUACGACUUCGUAAUUAUUGGAAGUGGGACUGCGGGAUCUGUCGUCGCGGGAAGACUCGCCUCCGCGCUGGCGGCUGCGUCGACUCCCUCGAGUUCCUACGCGGCCUCGGGUGUUUCGUCGGGUGGGUCGGUGCUUCUGAUCGAAGCUGGCAGUCUCCCAGAUUUGCGUGUCUUCUCCCCGCAUGUGAUUCCCCUGAUGACGCUAGAGAACCAGCGGUCGGAUAUUGACUGGAAGUUCGUUACCGAGAAACAAGCGAAAGCAUGCAAGGGCCUCAACAAAAGAGUGUCGUUCUGGCCCCGGGGGAAAAUUGGAGGAGGCUCGAGCGUGUUGAAUUACAUGCUCUACGUGCGCGGACACCGCGACGAUUACAACUCCUGGGCGGCGUGCGUUGGCGACCCCACGUGGCGCUACGCAAACGUGCUCCCCUACUUCAAGAGGCUGGAGCGCGUCACCUUUCCUCUCGGAGAAGAAAACAAAAGCUACAGGGGGACGUCAGGCCCGAUUCCGAUUUCCUAUAAAGCGCCUCCGCAGGAUCCCGCCGUCGCUGCCUUUCUCGAAGCCUCGGCGUCGCUGGGUUUUCCGCUGAAUCGCGACUACAACGGCGGAGAUAUCGAGGGCUGCUCCCCGUUUCAGAUCAACACCGAGUUCGGGCGGCGAGUCACGUCCUUCCAAGGCUACCUCUACACGGGCGAGUUCGAGAAGAAGGAGACGCUGCAUGCGCUCUUCAACACGCGGGCGACGAAGAUCGUCUUCGAUGAAAAAAACAACGUCGUCGGCGUGAACGUGGUGAACGAAAAAGCGUGCACGGAGGAAUCGUGGGGGGCCUGCGACGUGAAGACUAUUCGAGUCAACAAAGAAGUGAUUCUUGCGGCUGGAGCGAUUCAGACGCCGCAGCUGCUCGAGCUCUCAGGCAUCGGCGGCGCCGCGCGGCUCCGGUCGCUGGGGCUGGACGUUGUCGCGGAUCUCCCUGCCGUAGGAGAAAACCUCCAGGACCAUUUUUACACGCCGCGCCUGUUCACUCUGAAGAAGCGCGUGCCCCGGGAAGUUCUCACGCGGUUGCAUGCGGACGCGCCCUGGGUGACAGACGCCGGCGCGGCGUCGGGCGAAGAAACAACGGCCGCGAGAGAGCCCUCGACAGAAAAUCAGCAAAACGCUGAGAGUCACAGAGGCGAAGAAACUGCGACGCCUCCGAAGCCCAACGACUGGCUCGAGGGGGGUGAAGGUGAGGCGAGACGCGCCUCUGAACCAGAAGAGGCCGCGCACUCGCCUUCGCGCUUCUCGGAGCUGCUUUCGAGACUUUUUCGGCUAGCGCCGAGCGACGGCGAGGAGACCGAACCCGCCGAGGAGAUACCCCUCGAGAGCGCCAAUCGCGCGCGCGGCACCCGCUUGACUGUACUCGCCGAAUUCUUCCUCCACGCAAAGGGCAUCCUCACAACCUCAGGCUGCGACGCGCACUUAGUCACAGGGCAGCUGAUGCCGGCGCUCGACAGCGACAGAGAGACCUCGGAUGCUUCGGCAGUCGAGGCGUCUUUCCCGUCCUCGUGCCCGGGCAAUCUGAGACUUCCCGACAUGCAAAUUCACUUUUUCAACGCGCUGCCCGAGAGCGCGGCUUUGACGCAGUUCAUGAACCUCCCGUCGGUGCUGGAGCAGAUGGUGGGCAGCCCGCUCGGCUGGGGAGCAGAAGAAGAAGAUGCGGCGGAAGCCGCACCCACAGGCGGGGACCGCCCGCAGACCGGCACGGUGGAGAGAGGCGACCGGCGCCUCAGCGCACGGCAGCGUGCAGAAAAGACUCACGGAGCGGAGGAAGUCCCGGCACGCGGUGACGCCGGAGACCGACUUCCCCCUGAAGGCGACGAAGAGGAGGAGCGGCAGGAGCGCAUGCAAAACGAAGAGACAUUCGCGACUCCGGUGCUCCCGAGCGGGUCCUCACACAAACGAAAGAAAAGUUUCAAACACACUCCUCACGGCAUCAUCAUGCUCCCCGUCCUUCUUCACCCGCGCAGCCGCGGAUUCGUGCACGUGCGAUCAGCAAAUCCUUUUCAACCUCCCCUCAUCGACCCUGUGUACUUUGGUGCUGAGCGAGACACGAAAGUCCUCAUAGAAGGACUAAAACUCAUCGACCGGCUCGCCGCAGCCCGCCCCCUGCGCGACCUCAUCCAGCGAGAGUUGUUACCGACUUGCGACGCGCAUGCUGAAGAAGGGAGAUCUGGCCUGCGCGCUCCGACAGGAGGGGGACCCCAGCCAGACUGGCGGGCGCCUGCCUCGGCUUCUGCCUCACCCGGCAACUGCCCUUUGCAGCCCCCUGCGCUUCCCUCCUUUUCAUCGACUCCAUUCGCUUCGUCGUGUUUAGUCGCUCCCCCCCCCUCGUCGUCUCCGGCGCACUCUCCUUCUGGAGUGCCGCGCGCGCCUCGGGAAACAGGCGGAGUCGCGGCGGGCGCGUUUCGCUUUUCUGCCGAUCACACAGAGCUCUGCGAGGCACUUUCCGCAUAUAAGGCGGGCCGCGGAAGCUACGAGGCGGCGAUGGAGAAGCUAGUCAGGUACUUCACGCUGACGCUGUAUCACCCUGUUGGCACUGCGCGCAUGGGCAGGGAAGGACACGCGGGGGGGACUGAGACGCACGAAUCUCGAGAGGCGUCGGCGCCGCGCGCAGCGAGCGGCGCUGGCGAGCCCGUUGAAGCGGAAAGCGGUGGAGGCGCGGGCGAGGGGACUCAGAGGGCCGACGAAGUCGCCGCGGGGCGAAGAGACCCCGACCGCCGCGAGACGGACGGGCGAGCGGGAGGCAACCCCGGGAGGCCCCCAGACGCCGCCGCCUGGGCGAUUGACGCCGUAGUGGACUCGCGGCUGCGCGUGUGCGGAGGGACGUGUGUGAAGGGUCUGCGCGUCACAGACGCUUCAGUGAUGCCGCAUCUGCCCUCGGGCAACACGCAGGCUGCGGUGAUGAUGAUCGCCGAGAAGGCGGCAGACUUCCUCCUCGCAGACUGGGGCCUUGCCGACGAAAGCAAACACGAUGAAAAAGGAAUUGACAACUCAGGCAGUCCGCAGCCGCACCCAACGACCCCCGAAGGCGCCUAA